ACAGAAGAAGAAGAAAGUCCAACACGUGCGGCUUCCCCACAGACUGCUGGUUGUGUUAGCGCUCGGGAGAACUCAGAUCAGAAAACAUUCAACGGUUAUCGAUAAUUAUUUGAUUAAUUUGGACCCGAAAUGACGAAGACGAAGAAGGAGAAGCUUCCGGUGGACGCAGAGGAGCCGGUGGCUGCGGACGGGACGGAGAGGUCGUACCAGGAUCUGGUCGCUAACGUGAACCCGAUCGCUCAACCACUGGCCUCCAAAAAACUCAGCAAGAAGCUCUACAAAUGCGUCAAAAAGGCUGCCAAAGUGAAGAACAUCCGCAGAGGAGUGAAAGAAGUUCAGAAGUUCAUCAACAAAGGAGAGAAGGGGAUCGUGGUGUUGGCCGGAGACACGCUGCCCAUUGACGUGUACUGUCACCUGCCCGUCAUGUGCGAGGACAGGAGCAUGCCGUACGCCUACAUCCCCUCUAAAGUGGACCUGGGUUCGUCUGCGGGCUCCAAGCGGCCGACGUGUGUGAUCCUGAUCAAACCUCACCCGGACUAUCAGGACGCCUACGACGAGUGUGCACAGGAGGUGAGCGGCCUGCCCAAACCGCUCUGAGGCGGCAGCCAAUCGAAGAGCCGCUCUGCUCCGAGGUCACAGGAAACCCUCCUGUUCUUCUCACUGUUGUCUUUUUACGUUUGUGUGUCUGCACCUGAUUAAUGAACGUAACGAGACGUAAAUAUGACGACGUUUCAGGCGGUGGACGGCGAAGCUAGGCUAACAGUUUUAUGCUAGGCUAACAGUUUCCCCCCUGCUUCCAGUCUUUAUGCUAAGCUAGGCUAACAUUGUCCUGGACGUCAGAGCGAGGAGAUUAAAUAGAUCUUUUCUUUUUUUCAAACUGUAAAUAAACAGUCAGCUGUUGUCUUUCUCAUGAUGUCACUGCACGGUGAUUAAAAAAUGAAUUUUCUACUUUUUUUUUAAAACAAACAAUUUAUCAUGAAUUUAUUUUAGAAAUAUCAACAGUUUGGUGGAUAAAUCAGAAACAAUCUGUGGAUUCUCAGUUUGAAUGUUUGGAGCUUUAAAGACUUCACCUUCUUCUUCUGUGGUUUCUCUUCAGACUCUCUGGAGGAUUCUGAGUUUCUCAUGUUGUUAAAACGUUUACUUUGAAUUCUUUAUGAAAGUUUUUUUUAUUAAAAAAGUGAACUGAC